GUGGCCUAGGGCAGACAUCCGAACUCUCCGGAUAUUGGUUGGCCCUAUGGUUUCUUGGAGCGGAAUAAACCCUUCGCACGUCCCCCUCUCCCUCCCCUACCAUUACUGCUACUGCGACCGCCACAACUUGCGUGCUAUUUCUUCUUCUCACCGCCAUUGAAAACCAGGCCUGGUGGGUUUUGGACGCAGUCAUCCGUUCGGUGAUGCGCUCUCGCCCUAGCGACCACUUCAGCCGCCGAGGACAAUUCAAAUGUCUCUCUGCUCCGAUGAUUUCUCCAACAAGUUUGGGAUGUUGUCGGCCAAUCUGGUAAACUCUUCCCUGUAUCGGUAAUCUUUCCAAAUCCCGAUCUCUUCUCGAGCCGUUGGGUUAUGAACUAUCCCCAAUGUUCCGCAUCCUGGCGUUUCAUGGAAGGUUAUUGAUAUCUCAAGAAAAUAAAAAGGCGGGGUACUUUUUCCAGUCAAAUCAGAGAAUUGACUUCUUAGCUUCGAGGAGUCAUGGGUCGCUUAGGAAGAAAGGGCUACCUUUUCUCUUGUUCAGAGUUUUUUCGCAAUUUAGGUUUCCUGUUGGAGGUAAUAACGUGCUUGGACGACACAAGGGUAUGGGCCACGUUAACGGAAGUAGCUCUAGCUACACGAAGAGCUUGUACACAAUGUCGAGGAGUAAUUAUUCGGCGACCCAUCAUGCCAAAUUGGCUUGGGAGAGGCUUAGUCUAAUCUGUUCGUAUGACGGUCCAGCCUUAUCUAUGAUAAGUAAGUUAGCCUGUGCUGUGAGCUUGUCUUUCACUCGGUUUCAAGUAGUUCCUGGUUUUCUUGCAUUUAGUGUUGGGGAGUUGGCAUGGGCUCAGAAGGCAUGGGCAGAUGGCAAUUUCUAUAGUUCAAGAAAUGGUCUUCUUAUGCAAGCAGAAGCUCGCAGCCUUUACUUCUCUUCAGUAAUUUUCUCUAUCAUAGAGGGUUUUAUUUUGGUAUUGCGAGCAGCGUACUUGUCGAUCUUAUUUUUGCCAGCUAUCUUGUUAGCACCCUUUGCGGAUAGUUUCGGACUUGAAUUCAGGAAAAGAUGGCUUCGGGUUGUCCAUCGCACUCUGGAGAGAGCUGGUCCUGCAUUCAUAAAAUGGGGUCAGUGGGCAGCAACACGCCCAGACCUCUUUCCGAAAGAUCUAUGCCUUGAGCUUACAAAACUUCAUACAAAAGCACCUGCUCAUAGUUUUGCGUACAGCAAAACCACCAUCGAGAAGGCGUUUGGUCGGAAACUUUCUGAAAUUUUUGAGUACUUUGAGGAAAAACCAGUAGCAUCAGGAAGCAUUGCACAAGUUCAUCGAGCUUCUUUGAGGUUUGCCUAUCCAGGUCAACAGUUGAAGAAACCCAUUGAAGUUGCUGUGAAGGUUAGGCAUCCUGGUGUGGGUGAUUCAAUAAGGAGGGAUUUUAUGAUAAUCAAUCUUGUAGCCAGAAUUUCAAGCCUAACUCCUGGUUUAAGCUGGUUGAGGCUGGAUGAAAGUGUACGGCAAUUUGCAGUUUUUAUGAUGUCUCAAGUUGAUCUUUCUCGGGAAGCUGCUCACUUAAGCCGGUUUAUCUACAAUUUCCGCAGAUGGAGAGAUGUGUCUUUUCCUAGGCCUUUAUAUCCACUUGUGCAUCCUUCUGUUCUUGUGGAGACAUUUGAACAAGGAGAAAGUGUUUCACGCUAUAUUGAUGAGCUUGAAGGAAAUACUCAGAUUAAAAGAGAUUUGGCACACAUUGGUACACAUGCACUCCUGAAGAUGCUUCUGGUUGACAAUUUUAUUCAUGCGGAUAUGCACCCUGGAAAUAUCCUUGUGCGGGUACCACACACCAAGAGGUCGAGGAAGAAGAUAUUUAGACCCAAGCCCCAUGUCAUUUUCUUGGAUGUAGGAAUGACUGUUGAACUCUCUAAAAGUGACCGUGCUAAUUUGUUGGAGUUCUUUAAAGCUGUAUCUCUUCGAGAUGGUCGUACUGCUGCAGAAUGUACAUUGAAAUUGUCACAGCAUCAAGGUUGCCCGAACCCAAAAGCCUUUAUUGAGGAGUUGGAGAGGACAUUCACCUUUUGGGGUACCCGUGAAGGUGAUAUCUUUCAUCCUGUUGAAUGCAUGCACCAACUUCUUGAACAGGUUCGGCGUCAUAGAGUCAAUGUUGAUGGCAAUGUAUGCACCGUGCUGGUGACCAUUCUGGUUCUUGAGGGCUGGCAACGCAAGCUAGAUCCUGACUUUGACAUCAUGAAUACACUAAAAACGUUGUUGCUCAAAGAAGACUGGGCACAACCCAUUGAUUAUUAUUUUUCCUAAAUAAUUUUGUGUUUUGACAUAAAAUUCAUGAAAGGAAUUUAUUGGGGUACAUUAUGCGGCAAUCAACAGAUUGUUCGAGUUCUUCUUGGAUCUUUUGCCAGUAAUGCCCAGAUUUAGUGACAUGAGAGCAACUGCUGUGAAGCACCUUAUAGCUUAGGUCUCCGUGGACCCAGUUUUACUUAUCCACAAUUUUGAAGCUGUGAGGCACCUUAUAAUUUAGGCCUCUGUGUACCCUUUUCGCCUUAUCUGCAAUUCUGAAGCUGUUCAAGGACCAACAACAUUUUCCAAGCAUGUCAAUAGAUUUUAAGAAUGUAAUGCGUGUAAUUUGGAAACCUGUUUUAUUUAAUGGAUACUUUACCUCUGUUGGUGGUGCCAUUCUAUUUCCAGCAAUUGAACUGCCCUACUGUAAGCCUUUAUUAUUUAAGUAGAUCGGUGAUCAGUAUUCACACA